AUGGGUGGACCCGUCAGCCUCACUGGCCAGCCAGCCUAUGCUGCUCGGAGAUUUCCAGGGGACUCCUUUUCACAGUUCAGGUUUGCUGAGGAGAAAGAAUGGGAUGGUGAAACUUCAUGUCCAAAACAGAAUUCAGCGCUCUACGUGGACAGUGAGUCACUGGUUCGAGCCCUUCAACAGCUGCCUCUUGCAGUCCGGCUUAAUGUUGCUUCAGAGUUAAUCCAGACCACAGUUCCUUUAGAACUUCCACAGGUGAAACCAAGGAGAAAUGAUGAUGGCAAGGAGCUGGGCAUGCAGUUAAGGGGGCCCAUCUCCGAGCUCAGAUCUGCUGCUGGUGGUUGUCCCAGGUCUCUGGGCAGAGACGGUUUAAGACAAAGCCCUUUAGAGGGUUUGCAGAAAGCAUCUUCCCCACCACAAUCAGUGGCAGACCAUCUGGAAGAAGAACUAGAUAUGUUGCUGCAUUUAGAUGCCCCUGUGAAAGAGGAAGACAGUGUCUCUUCAGAGCAGACAUCUCAGGACCAGGAACCAGAAAGAGAUGGGCAGGUAGUCCAGGAGAAAACAGUUCCUGAAAAGUCACCUGUGACCAGAGAGAAAAAUGUGGAACCUGAGCAGCCAAGCACAUCGAAAAAUGUCACUGAGGAAGAGCUGGAAGACUGGCUGGACAGCAUGAUUUCCUGAAAGGGGAUCAAGGGGGAAGAGUGCCUGUGGCAAAUGUUGGUUGCCUUCUAAGUGAGGAUGGGCUACUUUGCCAGAUACCUCGUGCUA